AUGCGUAAAGAUAUAGGCGAAAAUGAAUACCAAGGGGGUGCCUCAGCCGUCCACCGCAACAUCAGACCACGACCGCCCCGAGCGGUAUCGGCAAACCAACGAAUUACGGGUAGCCGCAACGCCAGCGUAACAACCGCAGGGGCAGCAUCCAACGCCACCGAAGCGCGCAACAACAACAACAACAGCAUAUCGACAACAACGGUUGCGCGAAGCAACACCGCUCCAAAGCGGGAAUGGGCAUCAACCGGGGUGAACACCCGGGCACGAAAGCGCGCAACGCCAACAGCAGCGCGCAACGUCAACAACAGCCGCGCGCAACACCAACAACAGCAGCUCGCAACGUCAACAACAGAAGCGCGCAGCACCAGCGACCCCUACCAAGGCCUGCUGCAAGAAGGGGGGGCAUCAUCCAACGCCACCGAAGCGCGCAACAACAACAACAACAGCAUAUCGACAACAACGGUUGCGCGAAGCAACUCCGCUCCAAAGCGGCAUCACAACCACCGCACUGUAGCGGCAUCAGUAGCAGAACCACCAGCAACUCACCAGGGAGUGGGCAUCAACCGGGGUGAGCACCCGGGCACGAAAGCGCGCAACGCCAACAACAGCCGCGCGCAACACCAACAACAGCUGCUCGCAACGUCAACAGCAGAAGCGCGCAACACCUGCGACUACAACAACAGCAGUGCCCCUACCAAGGCCUGCUGCAAGAAGGG